AUGGGCAUUAAACAAGCCCCCGAAGUCGGCAGAUUAUCUAAUUUAAAUUUCUAUGCGGGUGCUCGCAUUUUAAUUUUAGACUUUAAGUGUGAAAACGAAAAAUGUUUUUAUUAUUUGUCGGUUUCCAUUUGUUAAAAGGAAUACGAAAAUAAUACCGUUUCAUAUCUAUAAAUAGUGAACAUAGUUAAUAUCAAGUUAUAAAAUGAAAAACUGUUUAUUUUUACUUAUAUAGCUACCGGGUCGGCGUACAACGAUGCUGUACACAUCACAGCCAUCGUGGGCGAAUCAGUUGUAUUCAACUGCCAAGUGGAAUUUCCAGCCGAACACCCCGUGCCUUACGUAUUGCAAUGGGAGAAAAAAGUAAUUAAACAACAUUUUUAACUAUUAGCCGACCGUUAACAGCAUUUGCUUAUGAUUUAACUUGACAUUCACACGAUAGACACCUACAUCUGUUAUAUACAAAACAUCGCGAGAUAAAAUAUAACAAAUUUGCUGUUGUUUUCAGGGACUUGACAUACCAAUAUUCAUAUGGUACGACAACUAUCCCACACAUAGCGGUACGGGAUAUGAAGGCCGAGUGGCUAGAGUCUCCACAGACUCACCAUAUGGUCUUGCUUCGCUCAAUUUGACCAAUAUUCAAGAAUCGGAUCAAGGUUGGUACGCCUGCAAAGUGGUAUUUCUCAAUCGAUCACCAACCAAUAAAAACGGCACGUGGUUUCAUUUAGAUGUCCACGGUUAGUGAAAAUAUUUUCAUAUUAUUAUUUUAAAUUAAUUCCUUUAGAAAAUGAAUUAUAUAAAUCGAUUAUUAAAAUGGCCUGUUUUAGCUCCUCCGAGGUUCGUCACUGUCCCCAACGAAGUUCAAUAUAUAAAUCUCGGAGAUUCUAUCAUUCUAAAUUGCCAGGCUGUGGGUACGCCAGCUCCCGAAAUCGUUUGGUUUAAAGACGCCACCGAUGUGCAACCAACAGCCACUGUAGGAAUAUUCAACGAUGGGACUGAAUUGAGAAUAUCGAACAUCCGGGCCGGCGACAUCGGGGAUUACACGUGCAUUGCCAGAAAUGGCGAAGGACAAAUCAGUCACACGGCUAGGGUUUUAGUAGCGGGCGGAGCCGUAAUUAUGACACCGCCAAUAAACCAGACAAAACUAGAAGGUGAAAAAGUCGAGUUCACUUGCGGAGCGAAAGCCAUGCCUGGUAAUGUCACUGUCCGCUGGUCUCGGGACGGAGUGUUCGUCAAGUCAAUUUCGUCUCUAGAAACCAGAGUGACAAUAAAAAAAGACGGUUCAAUGGUCAUAAAUCCUGUCAGCGCUGAUGAUUCGGGUCAGUAUUUGUGUGAAGUCAGCAACGGCAUAGGUGAACCUCAAUCUGCAUCUGCUUAUUUGAAUAUUGAGUGUAAGUAUACAAAUUUCGAUAUUAAGCCUUUUUUAAAAAAAAAAAAAAAAACUAAUAUAACGAUAAAUAAUUGUUAAUAUUUAGAUCCGGCAAAAGUCACAUUCACUCCGACCGUUCAGUAUUUACCGUUCAGAUUAGCGGGCGUUGUGCAAUGUUAUAUUAAAGCCAAUCCUCCUUUGCAAUACGUCACAUGGACCAAAGACAAACGAUUGCUCGAGCCUUACCAACAAAAAGACAUCGUUAUCAUGAACAACGGUUCACUGUUAUUUACCAGGGUACCAAAAUAAAGCACUAUUAAUAUUGAACUAAAAAUAUACUAAUCACAUUUUUUUUUUUCCAUAUCUCGUCUCGUAGGUCAAUCAAAACCACCAGGGAAGAUACACGUGUACACCCUAUAACGCACAGGGUACUCAAGGAUCGUCUGGUCAAAUGGAAGUGUUGGUGAGAAAACCGCCAACGUUCACGGUAGAACCGGAGAACAUGUACCAGCGAAAAAUCAGUGAAUCAGUCGAAAUGCAUUGCGAUGCGCAAGAAGCUGAAGGCACUCAAAAACCCAAAAUUCAAUGGCAACGAGUAAGUUAUUGCAGAUUGUUAUUGUAACUGUCUUACUUAAACGUUUAAAUCGACUAAUCAGAGAGAUGGAGCUCCGUUACCGAAAGGUCGUCAUAGCAUACACGGUGGAAAUAUUACAAUAGAAAACCUCAGGAAAACAGAUUUUGGAUAUUAUCACUGUGUCGCUAGUAACGAAGUAGCCACGAUAGUAACAACUACACACUUGGUCGUUGAAGGUACUCAACCGCAUGCUCCGUAUAACGUCUCAGCUAACGCGUCUGAGACGACUGUUACACUGCAAUGGCUUCCCGGUUAUAGUGGCGGUCCUGAUUACAAACAAGACUAUACAAUUUGGUAAAAUUGAACACUUAUAUCGUAUAAUUAAUAUUGUUUGCAUAGUUAUUAUUCUUUUUUCCAUUUAGGUAUAAAGAACCAGGAAUGUCAGAAUGGUCCACGAUACCUGUAACUCCAUCGGGAAGUACUCAAGUUACCAUAAACAGAUUAACACCCGACACAACAUACGAGUUUCAAGUGGUAGGGAAAAAUGCACUGGGCGAUGGAAUGCUCAGCAAAGUUAUUUCAAUCAAGACACUGGGUGAGUAAAUACAUAGUUUACACAUGGGACGUAGUUUUAAUAAUACAGUUUUUUAAAUUUAAAAAAAGUAAUAGAUUUUAAACGACUGACGGGGGUUGGCAACACAGUGUCAGUUGUAUAAACGGGCCGCACUGUACAUUUAGUCGCUUUAGACGCUUUGGAAUAUGGAAAAUCGAUGUAAUUAUAUAAUAAAAAAUAUUAAUACAAUUUAUAAAGAAUGCGGUCGUGUUAUACGUAAUAGAAUACCCAAUAAAACGGGUAUUUCGUAUAAUUUAAACACAGUUGUGGCAGUUCAAGGUCAGCCCUUCUCGUCUCUUCUACCUAAAGGUAUCUUAUUAUAGGUACCCUUUUGAGGACAUCAAUGUGGCCUUGAACUUCCGCAGAAUUUAUUUAAUGUAAACUGUAUUUUGUGCACAAUUUAAAAUAACGUAAACUUUAAAGUUGACUGUAGAUAACUUGAUGUUUUGUAUAUAAUAAUAUCGGAUGCUUACAAAUAUCUAAUUAAAACUAAAAUUAAAUGCGUGCAAAGUUCCAAGGUCAAAUUGAGUACCUAACUAACUUUUGUAUUCGACUUCACUCCUUGUUUUUGAUCGGUCGUCCUAUGUAUGCGACAGUUUACUAAGCUUUUUUACUUAAUUGUAAGCGUCCACGAUAUUUUGUUCUAUAAUGCCCUUGUUGUAUACCAUAAGUUUGGUUUGUUGUGCUUAUUCUAUUCUCUGUUGGGUGGCAGCAGCCGUACCAUUAACCGUGGCCAAAAAAACAAGUCCCGCGCCACCGGUCACCGAGGUACCUCCUCCCCCGAGCGACGGUAAGCACAAAUAAUAUAAUGUAUACAUAUUUAUAAAUAUAUAUAUAUUUUUUUUUUUUUUUUUUUUUAUUGUAUAAUAUUUUCUUAUCUAAAUAAUGCAUGACAACUUAAUAUUAUUUCGAAUGUACUGUACAUAGCACAUUUUAUUCACCGCAUGAUUGCGUUGGUGUCACAACUAUACGUUUUAUUGAAUAUAAUCUAAUACCUAUAUUUAUAAUACACAUAUAUUUAGAGAGUUCUUUUCGGCAUUCCAGGAUUAUUUUAUUUUUUAUCAUUAUUAUUUAAAACCAACAGUUUUAUUUUGUCAUGCAUGUGUUUAUUUUUUGUUCCAAAUUUUGCAGACGUUUUCGACUAUAGUGACCUCAUUUUACCCACUGAACCUUCUGGUGUUACAUUGUAUCCACCAGUAUUUAGAUCAAAAGGUAUUGAAACCAUCGGCUUGAUUAUUAUUUUUCACCUCGCUCAUGUAUUACAAUUUGUUAUUUAUUAUUGUUUUUUUUUUUUUUUUUCAUAUUUUGUUUUGUGUAAAUCACUUCACGUUUUAGUUCUUAAUACUCCAAUUAUUAUUGUACACUUUCAACAUACGAUUUUGCUCAAUAUAGGGCCAAAACCUGGACCACCGAGAAAUGUAUCUAUCACUGAAGUCAGAAAUGGCUUUGUCAUCUCUUGGCAAGCUCCGUUAGAAAGAGCGCAGCUAGUUCGUUACUAUGUAAUUAAUUAUAAAACAGACGGGAUUUGGAGAACAUUAAACAAGGCGAAAAUCAGAGCGGAGGAUACAUCUUAUCUCGGUAUGAAUAUUGAAAAGUUUGUUAACAGAGUUAUGUUUGAUCAUUUUGAGCAGUUGAGUGUUUUACUUAAGCGUUAAUCUUAUGUAAGAAAUUUAAGUGAAAAUAUAAUCAAAUAUGGAAACGGCCAUUUUUUUAACAAUGAAAAUGAUAACAUUUAUGGAGUACUAAUAUAACAUAAUAAUUCAACUAUAAAUUGGAAUGUAUAGAGUAAUAAUUUUGAGUUGGGAUUUAAAUGAAUACGUAUAAUUAAUAAGCGUCAAUGUUCGUAAAAUGAACACAAAUUAAAAUAAAACAAUUAUUUCACAGUCAUAUUAUUAUAUUAUUUCAACCAAACUGUGUAAUAGAAUACAUUAUCCAUUGAAUAAUUUGUGUAUAUUUGGCUAUUUUACGAAGAAAAAUGAAAUUUUUUUUUGAAAACUAAUACAAUUUGUGCACGUAAUUUCAAAUAAAUAACAUAGAUCACUCGAUCCUUUCAGAAUAUAAAAUUGAAAUAUACAAUAUACAUAAUUAUGUAUUUCUAGUAGUUCAUAAAUAUUCCGAAUGUGUUAAAAAAUUCUCGAUCUAAAUUACAGGGGAAUUUGACGCCUACCAAGUAGCUAUAAUGUUCCGUUAUUAUUUUUCAGUGAAAAGUUUAGUUGGAGGUCGUACCUACUAUUUCCGCGUGGUGGCUUAUUCGUUGAGAAGUUUUGAAAAUAGCGAAGAAAUAAAAUUCCCCGUGCCGGCUAGAGUUAAACACAAGGCUAUAACGGCGGGAGUUGUCGGCGGACUGUUAUUUUUCAUUGUCGCUAUAAUAUUGUCUGUGUGUGCAGUCAAAAUUUGUAAUAAGAGAAAAAGAAGAAAACACGAAAAAGGUAAUAAAUGAAUUCGCCCAUGAUUGUAUAUAGGUUUCCGUGAUUCGUAAAACGGAAAAAUACCAACAGCAAUACAUUAAUCAAUGUCACAUUGUAUAAUUAUUGUAUGAUUCCAGCUUACAACAUGGUUGCGUGUAGAAUUACGGACUCCAUAAAUGGUGGUCAGAUACCAGGAACUAGUCAAGUGCCUUUAAAAAAGUAAGUUUCAAAAAUAUCCAAUAUAUUAGUACAUUAUAUAAUUCGGGUAUAUCGGUACUAUACUAAUAGGAAAACGAUAGGGAAAUUAUCAUGGAUACUAUUUUUUGUCUAUAGGCUCGCGGAUUCUCGUACUUACCGAGAUUAUAGACUCGAAUUGUCCUAGCCGAUAAUCCGUAAGCGAAGCAUUUAUGUCAAUAAAAGAAAAAAAAAAAUGCUUCACUCGCAACUGCUUUAUUUUUAAUUUUAUAUUAUUUAAUUAAACCGUAUUAUAUUAUAUGCCAAAUUUGACACUAAGCCGGGGUACGAUUGAGCUUCUGUUUUAAUCCUAUACAAAUCGAUUCGGGCGACCAUAUUAAUACCUACCUACGUAUCAUUUAAAUAUCUUUUCACAAUUAUUUCCACUAUAAAAAUUGUAUACAAUAUAAUAUUGCAUGCGUCUUGUUAUCAAAACAAAGAAUUUAAAAAUACCACGAGUUGUGUUAAAAAUACUAAUGACCAAUUUUACACAUAAAAUCGAAAAAAAAAAAAAAAAAAUGUACGGUUUUCUAAAUCAUCAUGUUCAAUUAAUACACUUAUACAUUAUUUAUUUAUUUAUUUGUUUAUGUGCUUUCGUUCAGGAUAACAGGUGAAGAGCUAGCAAGCUGUUGAGCCGCACAAAUUCAAAAUAAUAUUGGUACAUCACAGUAUGCGUGUGUUUUGUUUGCUUGCACUUUAUUAAUCAAUAAUAAUAAUUGUGUUUUGUUUUAUUUUCAAAUCGUUGAAUAGUAGAUAAAUGUAGGCGUAGUAUAAUAGAGAUAUAGCGUCGUAGUUAUACCAUAAUAACAUUAUUGUAUAAAUUCGAAUAAGUUUAAACCGUUUUUAAUCUAAAAUUAACUAAUUAAAACAUACUUAUAUAAUUAAUGAACUUCGAUAAAUUAUCGUUUUUUUUUUUUUUAUUUAUUUUUAUUUUUUUUUUUUUUAAUAAAUUUAAGAACCCUAAUUUAGAUAUUAUAGUAUAUAUAUAUAUAUAGAUUAUUUAGUUUUUGCACAUUCAAAAGUAAAUUCAUUUUUAAACACCGAUUGUUUGUAUUGUUUUAUUAUAAUAUGAAAAUACCAUUCGAUAAAAAACUCGCAUGUCUUUUGUUUUGUACCCACAAUGUAUUAUGUAUUAUAUAUUAUUGUGUUUAGAAACGCGUUGGAGUGUAUAUUUCGCUUCAUAUUUCACAACAAAAUUCAUCAUUUUGUACUACACUAAAAUCAAAUUCCGAAUGAUGAUCUGUAGUAAUUUACGUUUUUCUUACUUUUAGAUCUAGAUCAACCCGAAUAUCAAGUCUAAGCAGCGGGUGCAACGUCGUUCUAAAUAUGGUCACGCGAUCCCGUUCAAGUUCAUUUUUAAAUCAUGACCAAGACUGUGUCGAUGGUUUGGAACACCGGCGUCUAGGGCGUAUUUCUCGGUCCGCGGACGGUAGGUUUGUUUUGACUAGAGAUUCCAGAUCGUCUAGCUUGAGUAGCUCUAGCGACGACGGAGGAUUCUUGUCCCAUCCGAGCUUUUCGAACCGAACGUGGAGCCAACGGCCGCUGAUUACCAGAGGUGAGGACAGCGUACGGACCGAAGACUCCGUGGACAGCCGCCGUCGGCCUAUCGUCGCUACGGUCUGCGGUCCCCAAACGCCGUACAGGGCUAGUUCUCCAACGUCCCGGAAACCACCGGAGUUUUUCAAUCACGAUCUCAGUUCGGUGCCGGGCUCUGCCGAACGGACUCUGAGGAGCGUGCACGAGCAAUACAGCCAACAACUGCCGUCACUGAGGGUGAUACACGAGGAAAACCAGAGGACGCUGAUGCAACAGCCCAGCCCGAGAUACCAUCCCAAUCCCAGGUUUAGAUCGAGGCACAUGCGAUACGCCCGCAGCGCCCCGGAACUCACGUCGGACAUGGUCACCGAGAGGUCACCGGAAAGCCGAUCGAGUUCCAGUGGGUUCGGUUCGAAAAACACCUCUAGUCACCAAAACACCGGACUCGACGAUUGGGUCAGGAUACUCCCGCCGUACAAACCACCGCCCCCGCCGCCCUCGCUGUUCUACACCAACGAACAUUGGCUCGAUUUCACCUCUCCGAUAUUACCGUCUCCUUCUUCGCACAGCACCGCUAGCAAACCGCUGAGUGUCGACGACCAAUACGAAUUCGAUCCUAUCUUUCCGGUAUCGCCGACACCGACCGAUAUGAUAAUGACGAGGACGCCGACUACGCCGUCGCCGUCUAGGUCCAGAACACCAACGCAACUGAAAAAAGCGAAAUACGAAAACGUGGAAGCAAGACUGCAGGCAAUGAAGGAAGAAUUUUACGCGUACAAAAGGAGACAAGCAGAAAUGGCUAGAAUGGGAUACAUCGAAAGUGCCUGUUAA